AUGGUCAGUGAUAAUGACUCGGCCUUUACGAGUCAAGAAUUUGGGAACUUCAUGAAGGGCAAGGAAGUUGUGCAUAUUACAACUGCACCCUACCACCCGUCCUCUAAUGGGCUGGCCGAGAGGGCGGCUCAAACAUUCAAGGCAGCCAUGAAGCGAAUGAAAAACGAACAGGGAACACUGGAAACGAAGCUGGAUGAAUUUCUAUUUCGGUACAGAAUCACACCACACGCGACAACAGGAGAGGUGCCAGCUGUGAUUUUGAUGGGACGGAGACCAAGAAGCUGCCUGGACUUACUACAUCCGGACCUGGCGAGAAAGACAAGGGAAGCACAAGAGCAACAAAGGAAGGAUCAUGACAAAUCUUGCAGUUACCGGAAUCUGGAGACGGGGCAAACAGUGCUUGUUCGUAACUUUGGCAGGGACAGGAUUGGUUAG